UGGAAUUGCUGAGAGCAUGUCUUUUUUUAUUUUAUUGUCUAAGAAGGUUUUGGUUUACUUCUGUCAUUGUGUUGAUAUCGUGGGAGGUUCUUGAAGUCUUAAACGUUAUUAAAAAUGUCAGUUUAAAAAGCAAAUAUUUUCUCAAGAAAUAUACAGGGAAUAGAUAUGUGGGCUGGAAAAUCAACUGUCAGAUUGUAUGAAGAGUGCAUAGAAGGAGGACUGUGUCCAACACAUUUGAGAGAAUUUGAGUCAGAGGAGUUACAGGGUUUGGACAAACAAGCAUGAACUACAAAGGAAAGCCCUGCUGUUUGCACGAUUGAGUGUAUUAAAGCCCAUUGUUUUUGGUAAAGCUCAAGCUCCUGAUAGUAUAAAGUAUUUGAUGUCAAAGCCUGAAUAUAGAUCUAAUUUUAAUGAAAGCAAAGAUGAAUACACGAAUGUAGUAAGAUGCUUUGAUUCUGUGGUUGUUUUUACAAUGUGUACUUUCUCUAGGAUUUGCUGUGCAGGAGCAUUAUUCCAUGCAGAAUCUAAGCCUGUGUGCAAUGAUCCAGUUCUCCAGAGCUUAUUGAACCUUUUACGCUGUAGUGAGAAAUUAACCGAAAAAAACAUGUUGUAUUUUCACUCCAUUUUGCGGAAGAAUUUUGAAGAUGUUGAUGAAGAGAAUGUAAAGUUUUAUUUUAUUGUUAUAUUAUUAAUUGUGAGAAAACUUAGUAUAAAGAUGAGCUUAAAGACUGCUGUGAAAGAACUUGUGAAGCAAUUACAAAGUGCUCCUGAAAGCGAAUUACUCUUGAAUGAAGGAACUGAGGCAUACAAAGAAGAACGCUAUGAAGAAGCAGUCACGGCCUUCACACUUGCUCUAACUUACAGCCCAUACUGCAAAAAAGUGCGCACUAGUCGAGCCCAAGCCUACAUUCAGCUGAAAAAAUAUAAGAAAGCUGAAUUAGACAGUUACCUUGCUCUUGUCAUUGAUCCAAAUUAUUGCAAAGCAUAUUCUAAGCUGUGCUCUUCCCUUUAUCACCAAAAUUUCUUCCAACAAGUAUGCCAACUUGCAGAGUACGGACUAGAAAAAUGCAACAAUAGAUCUUGUGACCAAUUUGAAGUUCUUCAGACGCUAAAAACAGAUGCAGAAGAUUUAGAUUUUCAGAUGAGAAAUCUGGAAGAUAAUGAACACAUUGAAUUAACUGCUCAAGAAAAUCAUUGUGGGAAGAUAAAGGAGCUCCCUCUGGAUUCUGUUGAAGAUGUUCCAGAUUUAAUAGAAGCUUCUGAGUCUGAAGAUGAAAGUGAAAGUGAGAAUGAAGAUGAUUUUACUGAUGAAAAAAGCUUGAAUUCAUAUAGAAAGCAAGAAAGUGCUGAAAAUCAAGCUCUUUUAGAAGGUUAUCAAAAUAGAACAUUAGGAUCUGCUGAAAAAGAUAUGAAGGAAUGUACUGAAGAUGGAAAAUUAAAAGAAGCAGAAGUUACUUCUGUUGAGUAUUUAAGUCCUGAGAAACAAGAAAAAGUUACUUCUGAUGAGGAUUUAAGUUCUGAAAAACAAGAAAAAAUUACUUCUGAUGAGGAUUUAAGAUCUGAAAAACAAGAAAAAGUUACUUCUGAUGAAGAUUUAAGUUUUGAAAAACAAGAAAAAGUUACUUCUGGUGAGGAUUUAAGUCCUGAAAAACUAGAAAAAGUUACUUCUGAUGAGAAUUUAAAUCCUGAAAAACAAGAAAAAGUUACUUUUGAUGAACAUUUAAGACCUGAAAAACAAGAAAAAGUUACUUCUGAUGAGCAUUUAAGUCCUGAAAAUCAAGAAAAAAACGCUACUGAGUGUCCAGUUCAGAUUACCUCUAAUGAGAAUUUAAAUUUAGAUCCUGAAAAACAAAAAAAGGAUAAAACUCAAGAUGAAAUUCAGAUUACUUCUGAGAAUUUAAAUUCAACUCCUGAAAAACCAAAAAUUGAACUGAACUCAACUGAGCAAGCAGUUCAUAUUACUUCAAAUGAUAAUUUAAAAUCUUAUCCUGAAAAACAAGAAGAGUCUCACAGAACCAUUAGAUGCAAAAUUGGUGCAUCUUGUCCGCAAAUGUGGAAUAUCGGAAGUAAUUAGUCAUCAUUACUGGAUUAUACAUUUCUGAGAAGUUUGGAUACUUUACGUACGCUUUUGGAUACGUAACAUUGCAUACUGGACUGUGGAGGUAAGAUCUUUUGAACUCACAAAUUCUGAGUUAAUAUGGAUAAGCUUUCGAAAAUAAUUGAAAAAAGAAGUAACGUUCGCGCUAGUGUUACUAAACUAGUUAAAAGAGUGCAGAAGCUCGAUGAAGCUGUCGAAGACGUAAGUUCAUUAUCAGAACUACUGGAACUA